AAAUUACUGUAAGAGGUGAGUUACCUAUGGAUGAGCUCAAAGGUAGGUAAGUUGGCUCUAGCGGGGCUCCUCUUCACAGUUUCCAGUGUUUUUAUGCAUAUGUUGUUUUCUUGUCCUUGAGGAGAGCUGCACUGGAGCAUUGGAAUUAUGCAGUUUUCAGAAAAAAAAAGCUGUUGAAAAAAUAGUUGUUGUCAAACCAUCAUUUCUUCUGCUGUGACUGAGGAAAUGUGUGUGACUAGACCCCAGUCUAGUCUCUGCGACGGGACUUGGAGAUUUUGGCCUUUUAUCCAGACACCUUGCUUGAUGAAUGGACAGUGCUGUCCCGGGGAGGAGCCAGGCAUCGCAGUUUUCCCAGAAGGAAGAACCUGUGCAGCUCUGGGAAGAGGAAUCCAAAACCCGGAGGCAAAGCCACCUGAGAAGGAGCGUGGUGUUGCUGUGGCCGUGGCGACGUGCUGCAAUGGUGACCUUCGAGAAACAGACGGAGUGUGUUGUCAAGGCCUUGUUCUUGGACCUGCUGAGCCAAGAUGAGGUCUGCUGCCGGAGCCUGGAAACAGACUCGGGAGGGUUGGAUCUGUUCGAGAUUCAGGGACCCUCGCUGUCCAGACCCCAGGAAAGCUCAGGGGAUGAUCUGGACAUCCCGUUUGACCCGGUGGUGAUCGCCAGUCGCCUGCGGCAGAUAGGAGAUGAGUGCAACAUGGAUUUCGAACGUUUUGGCUCAGAGCUUCUUACUGAAGUGCUCAGGGGACAGACGGAAAAGUUUGGGGCUGCUGUGGAUUCUGUCGUCAAGAACUGGAGUAACCAGAACCCUGAGCUGACCUAUGAGACAGCUUUUCUCUCUGUUUCUGUGAAAUUGCUAAUGCAUCUUGCUAAGAAAGCCCCGGGUAUGCUGGAUCUCAGACACAUCACAGGAGCCAUUAGUGGAAAUUCUCAAGUGAGAAACUACAUUGAGGCCCACGGCGGAUGGGGGAACUUUGGCAAUUGAGAGGAAGGGCUCUGCCACUUUCCAGAAGGUGAAGCUGGGAGAAAUGCUGUUGAGCUUCUUCAGGAGGACGCACCUAGUACAUAAGCAACAUGUAAAAGAGAUUCUGUACCUCUAAAUGAAAAAAAUAAUAAAUUUUUGGUUUUAUUAAUUUA